GGAGAGCUUGACCUUGGAAUUUGUUUCAAUUUGAGCAUCUUUGACAUUCUCAGUUGGAAAGCUACAGAAAUUAGCUCUUUCAGUUUGCGCUUGGAAUUUUGUGUCAUUCUUCAGCAUCUUUAUGUUCUUCCGUAGCGUUUUUGCGAGUUUUUCCUCAAGCCACUCAGGGACGCUUUUUAGCUCAGGGGUGUCGGCAUUGCCAUGGCGCUCAAAUCUGGUGUAUUCGCUUGCCUCAUCCUUGCAUUGUGCGUGAGCUGCAACAACGUCAUGGCAGAGGAGAACUCCGGCAAGGAGACUGAGAAGAGCGGCAUCAUCAUCGACCGCGGCCUCCCAAGUGAGACUGAGAAGAGUGGAGCGCCCUUCCUCCCUCGGUCGGAGAACCUCGAGGAGACUGAGAAGAGCGGCAUCAUCAUCAGCCGCGGCCUCCCAAGUGAGACUGAGAAGAGUGGAGCGCCCUUCCUCCCUCGGUCGGAGAACCUCGAGGAGACUGAGAAGAGCGGUGAAAUCAUCAUCCGCGGCCUCCCAAGUGAGACUGAGAAGAGUGGAGCGCCCUUCCUCCCUCGGUCGGAGAACCUCGAGGAGACUGAGAAGAGCGGCAUCAUCAUCGGCCGCGGCCCCCCAAGUGAGACUGAGAAGAGUGGAGCGCCCUUCCUCCCUCGGUCGGAGAACCUCGAGGAGACUGAGAAGAGCGGUGACAUCAUCAUCCGCGGCCUCCCAAGUGAGACUGAGAAGAGUGGAGCGCCCUUCCUCCCUCGGUCGGAGAACCUCGAGGAGACUGAGAAGAGCGGUGAUGAAAUGAGACUGAGAAGGUGGAGGCCCUUCCUCCUCGGUCGAGAAACCGAGGAACUGAGAAGAGAGGCAUCAUCAUCGGCCGCGGGGCCUGCCCUCCCACGUGAGACUGAGAAGAGUGGAGCGCCCUUCCUCCCUCGGUCGGAGAACCUCGAGGAGACUGAGAAGAGCGGUUGCUGCAAUCUCAUCGCGGCCUCCCAAGUGAGACUGAGAAGAAACCUCGAGGAGACUGAGAAGAGCGGCAUCAUCAUCGGCCGCGGCCUCCCAAGUGAGACUGAGAAGAGUGGAGCGCCCUUCCUCCCUCGGUCGGAGAACCUCGAGGAGACUGAGAAGAGCGGCAUCAUCAUCGGGCGCGGCCUCCCAAGUGAGACUGAGAAGAGUGGAGCGCCCUUCCUCCCUCGGUCGGAGAACCUCGAGGAGACUGAGAAGCGG